UGAGCUGUUGAUUAGCUGCCCACAUACCUCCAGUGUCAAGUAAGCUUUGCAAACUCAAAACCGUGCCAUUCAAGAUAGAUACGAGUGGUGCCAUCGCCUGUUUCUACUAGCCCACUCCCCGGGUAGUGAUGUCCGUCUCCCCAGUUCCUAGUGACACAGAGGUGGUGGUGGCCGCUACCUUUAAAGUGUUAGUGUUAGGGAACACCAGUGUGGGUAAGAGCACACUCAUCCGUCUCUACAGCUCUGGAGGGGAGCACCCAGGGAAGAUGCUGCCCACAGUUGGAGUGGAUUUCACUGAUGUCAUUGUUAAUGUACGAGGGACAAAGGUCAAACUGCGGAUAUGGGACACGGCUGGACAGGAGCGGUUCCACACAUUCACCAAGCAGUUCUUCAGAGGAGCACACGGGAUCAUACUGGUGUAUGACAUCACAAGUUUAGAGAGCUUUCAGACACUUCUCAAGUGGAUACAAACCAUCCACGAUACGGGCCUGUCUGGUGUCUCCAUGGUGAUUGUGGGCAAUAAAAGCGAUCUCCGUGAGUCUCGUAAAGUUCCAAAAAGUCAAGGAGAACAUCUAGCCAAGAGGCAAUGUCAGGUCUAUGUGGAGGCCAGUGCUAGUACAGGCUCUAACGUUAAACUGGUGUUCUACAAGAUGGCAGAAGCACUCAUCCACAGCCACAACAUAUUCCAGCCAGGACAAGAGGCUACUAGUAGUAUGGACCAGGAUGGAGAUAUUUCAAUGAGUAUGGACUUUUCUCGACGGUCUCCUCCUAAAGACGAUGACACUAUUCGAUUAGGCAAUGGCUCUAGAAAAGUCAAAUGCUGUCAGAAAAGAUGAUUUUCAUUGCCUCACAAUUUUUAUUAUUAUGUCACUUAAUUUCCCUAAUUUCCCACCCGUGCACUAACUGUGUAAUAUUAGAACUCCCUCAACAACUUGAGUUGACAAUACUCAGUGACAAAUUCUUUAAAACCAUUUUAAUUAUCAAAAA